CCAAACCAUCACGUACCUCCAAAUCAGACGCCACUUCGGAUGUCAUGUUAAUACAAAACAAUAAUAAUAUUCAACAGGCUUCAACUCGAAAAAGAGAAAAAGUUCUAAUACUUGGUCCCUCCGAUUCUGGUAAAUCCACACUAUUCCACAUGUUGAAACUAAUAACUUCGGGACAUGACGUUGAUGCAAAAUUUGAAAAUAAUUUGCGAAUUGUCAGCUCGUGGGUUAUUGAGAGAAUUUGGGAAGCGAUGGGAGAGCAAGAGCGUAAUCACUUGAAAGAUCUCAUCCCUGAACUGAGAUCAGUAUUCGAAAAUACAGAAGAUGCUAAUUUAGCUACUGAAUUGCAGAACAGAGAUGAUUGUUGCGAAAUACUGGUCACUCUUUGGAAAAUUCCAUUCUUUAGAGAGUUCUACGAAUCGGUGUGGAGCAGAGAUGGAAUUUCAAUGUUCGAAAAUGUCAAGGAAUUAGUCUCAAGAAUUGAACACAAAAAAAGCUUUUCUCCAUAUUCAUUGGUACAUUGCAGAACAACAGGAAUAUUAUCAUACGAAACGAUGGGAAAAAACACUGAAAUUGAAGUGAUCGAUGUUGGAGGAAGGAGAAAUGAAAGAAAGAAAUGGAUUCAUUGCUUUGAGGAUACACAUACAUUAAUUUACAUGGUUUCUCUUUCAGAAUUUAAUCAAACUUUAAUAGAAGAUAACAGUACUCGUAGAAUGGAUGAAUCUCUAUCCCUAAUUAGUGAAGUAAUGAAUUCCAGAUGGUUCGUUGGUCUGCGUAAAAUAAUUCUCUUUGUAAAACCGGAUAUUCUAUGCAAAAAAUUGGAAAAUGGAGUGAAAUAUGGUGGAGAACUCAAUCCUAAUAUUUUACCAGAGCUAGACAGAAUUGCUGACCAUUAUCUUAAACUAGUUAUCAACUCGAUCAUUACAGAAUUCUUCAAGAAAAUCGAUAGAACUACGAUUGAUUCCUAUCAUAUUGUUAAUAAUACCUCAGAAGAUGAUAUCAAAUCCGUUUGUGAAAUGAUCUUUGGAGAGAGAUCAGCUCAAAAAACAACCUUCAUCUCACCCUGUAUCAUACCUGCCAACAAUCGAAUGAUACUAUGCCUCUUCAACAUUUGUCUGCAAGAAAAAUUGACAGAUAUUCAAAUCAUUACUUCCAACGAAGAAGAAAAUUACUACUAAUUCACAUUGAUCAGCAUUUAAUUCAUACCAUCAUUGUACCAAUAAUAUUCAAAACUAUUCACUUCACAAUAAUUAUUCCACACUUUCAUCAUUUCAACAAGUUUUUUAUUUUCAAUUCAACAAAAAAAUUUACAUCACCAAAAACACAAUAAAAUGGUCAAUAACAAGAAGAAUAACAAG